AUGGCUGAAUGUUAUCAAGCUAGAACAAAUAUAACUAUUCCUUGUCCUCCAAAUACUACCGUUUAUUUUGCUGUAGCAGUUUUUGUACCUUUGGCCAUUGUAAUCGUGGUUAUUGCUAUAUCUAUUUAUUUUCGAUGUAGACAUAAACGAUUAGGAAGAGAACAACAACAACAAGAAACCAAUAUGACAACAAAUCAUUCGAUAGAAAAUUUCGAUGGACAACAACGAGAAUCACAUCAAUAUCCACAUCCACCUCGUUAUUCAGCAACAAUUGAUAGUAUUUUUGGUAAACCUCCACCUUAUGAACAAACUAUAGAACAACUAGAAGAAGUUAAUGAUACAUUUGAAGAUACAGUAACAAUUAUACCAGUGACAACGCUACCAUCAUCAUCAACAGCACAUUUAGUUCAAUCGUCAUGA